AUGUUGCGUGGGAGGGCUAGUGGCCGCUCCACGCACGUGCUGGCGCAUAGACAUAUUGUCCUAGCGAGCGAUGUUGUGGCGUUGUCCAAGCCGAAUGGGAGCAUCCGCCUAGUGGCGAACAAGCCAUGUGGUAGUAGGGCAGCUGGCGGUGAUGGUGCACGGGCAAACGAAUUAGGGGGUGGACCUGCUAUUCAAGGAGGUGUAGUGGGUCAUGAUGAGGCUACACCAAGCCCCCAAGGCAACCUAGGAGCACCUACUGGGCACAACUUUGCAACACCACCAAGUCAGCACUCUGAAGAAACUUUUGGAGGGCCACUGAGAUUUAGGACGCUGAAUGACUUGUUUGAUACAACUGAAGAGGUUCAGGACUAUGAAUAUAGUGGGGUCUACAUGCUAGCUGCUGAUGAACCACUAGGUGUGGAUGAGGCACUGGAAGAAGAGUGUUGGGUUGAAGCCAUGAUGAGUGAGUUGCUGUCAAUUCAGAAUAACAAGACCUGGCAUUAUGCAACUCUUCCGAAGGGUCACAGAGCAAUAGGCUUGGAAUGGGUAUACAAGGUCAAGAGGGAUCCUAAGGGCAGCAUUCUGAAACACAAAGCUAGGCUUGUGGCAAAGGGAUAUGUUCAAAGGCAUGGGGUGGACUAUGAUGAGGUAUUUGCUCCUGUUGCUAGGCUAGAGACUGUCAGGAGGAAGUAUAUGUCCAACAGCCACUAG